UUUCAAAGACCUGCUUCAUCAUUUCCUCCUGAAGACACAGUCUAGCGAAAAAGUCGUAAAGUUUAAUUGUUUCUGACUAUUGAUUCUUCUCUUUGGGAUGCACAACAGUUGUAAAGUCGGCGAUCGGAUCAGAACCAGUUGAACCAGUCACCGAGACCCAGUGAACGCCAUGAACAAACUGGAGGACUUCCCGCAGCUGUUUGGCUCUUUAUCACAGCAGCAGGUGUAUAUGUUCGCAGCUGUUUUCCGUCUCUUUAAGCGUUUCUAAUUAACUUCAGAGACGAUCCAGCAUGUUGAGACGGUGGCUGCUGGCGCUGAUGACCCGGAUCGGCCUCAUCACGUCGGGCUGCUGCUGCUGCUUUCUGCUGCUCUUCUACCUGCUGGGCUGUAAACCUUCAUCUCACAGCAAACACCCGACUCUGCCGUGGCCUGGAGGGGCCACCAGUAAGGAGGGCUACCUGACCCUGCUGCAGGAGAGAGAGGACUCUCACAGACACUACAUCAGCAGUCUGACGAAGCAGAUAGCGGAGCUGAAGGUAGCUCUGGAGGAGAGGACGCAGCAGCUUCAGGAGUCCCUGGAGACGGCGAAAAGUAAAGGGAUUCUGCCUCAGGGUCUGGAGAGUCUGCACAAUACCCCUACAAAGUCUGACCUCAAGGAGUUCUUCCGCUCCCAGCUGAACCAGGCGGAGGUGAGCUCAGGUGUGGAGCUGCCCAACGAAUAUGCACUGAUCCCUUUUGAUGCCUUCACCCUGCAGACGGUUUACCAGCUGGAAACGGGGCUGACGAAGCAUCCGGCCGAGAGACCCUCGAGGAGAGACCGCCGAGACGAGCUGGUCGGGACGGUGGAGACGGCUCUGCACGUCCUGAACGGACCCCAGCAGCACGCAGACGGCACCAGGAGGAAACGAACCUACUCCCCUUCAGACUUCAUACAGGGUUUGACUCGCACAGAGCGGACCAGAGGGACCGUCUAUGAGCUGGUGUUCAAAGGCGACGGCCCACAGAACUUCGCUCAGCUCGUCCUCUUCAGGCCGUUUGGGCCUUUGAUGAAGGUGAAGAGUGACGGCGUGAGCACACACGGCAUCAUCAUCAACAUAAUCGUGCCGCUGUCCGGGAGAGUGGACGCCUUCGAGCAAUUCAUGAGCAACUUCAGGGACGUUUGCGUCCGACAGGACGGCCGGGUUCACCUCACUGUGGUCUACUUUGGUCGAGAUCAGAUCGACCAGGUGAAGGCUGUGCUGGAUCAGAUCACAAGGGAGACUCGGUUCAGGAGUUUCACCUUGAUCCAGAUGAAUGAGAAGUUUUCUCGCGGCCGAGGCCUCGACGUCGGCGCCAGGGCCUGGAGACAGCGGCAGAACGUCCUGCUCUUCUUCUGUGACGUCGACGUCCACUUCACACCAGACUUCCUGACUUCCUGCCGCUUGAACGCAGACGCUGGUAAAAAGGUGUACUACCCUGUGCUCUUCAGCCAGUACAACCCAUCCAUCAUCUACAGCAAUCACACACACAUUCCCUCUAUAAAACAACAACUGGUGAUAAAAAAUGAAAAUGGAUUCUGGCGGGACUUUGGAUUUGGCAUGACAUGCCAAUACCGAUCAGAUUUUAUCAACAUUGGUGGGUUUGACCGCAGCAUCAGAGGCUGGGGGCUGGAAGACGUCCACCUGUACAGGAAGUAUCUCCACAGCAAGCUGAUGGUGGUUCGAGCUCCGUCCAGAGGCCUCUUCCACCUGUGGCACGAGAAGAGCUGUGCAGAUGAACUUCCUCCAGACAAAUACAAGAUGUGCAUGCAAACCAAAGCCAUGAGCGAGGCCUCUCACGGCCAGCUGGGGGCGCUCUUCUUCAAACGGGAGAUAAACUCCCAGAAACAGAGCAAAGAGAUCUGAUGUUGACAUUCAAACGGCAUGUAAAGGCCAACUGAAGGCUAAAGUUCCAUGCUUUUAUUUUGGUAACAUUCUGUAUAAGGUAUCUAUAGCAACAGAGCCUUUCUUUGAAGGUUAACUGCAAAGAAAGAAAAAGGUUAAUAGCAAGAAAAAGGCAUAAAAGGCAACUUAAAUUUAAGUUUCUGUCAAUAAGGGAACAAAGUAAUGGUGAUUACCUGUAAUAACUGUAAUGGUGAUUAUAUUUAAAAGAGACGAGAUAUUCAGUUUAAUACAAUGGGAGAAAAAUAAAAACAAGCAAACAACACUUAUAUUUUUUUGGUUAGGUUUAUUUAAAAAAAGUCAAAUAUACAGUUGAUAUAUAUAUAUAUUUAUAUAUUUAAUAUAAUUUAAAUGCUCAUAACUGAAAGGGAUGCCGACCCAGUAGAAGGUGUGAGAAGCUGCUGUGGACAUUGAUGCGUUGAUGUGAAAUGUUUACAGUGCGAAGUUAACAGACAGGAUGAACAGUAUUCAGAACACAUUACAUUCAUCAACUGGAUGAAAUCAGCAAUACGACGGGGAGGGGAGGCGAUCAGGGCUAAUGACACCUUGAUAACACUUUAAGGUUGUAUAGAAGUAUAGAAAAAUAAACUAAAAUCUGGCAGCUGUGGUUGUUAUGCAGCAGGUUUUCUGUUUGAAUUUGACUGUUUUUGGUCUAUAAGCGGAUAUAUAAGCACCUAAUUCUUCCGUUCAGCAUGGUGUGAAGUAUCUUUCAUUUAUUGCACGGCACGAUCACACCCUGAGCUCUGGAGGAGGGGAAAAAAGCAACAGCAGCUUUCUGGCAAAGGCACAGUCACUCUCCCAGGAAUAAUAAUAAUAAUAAUUAUAAAAAAAGACAUCAACUAAGAAGAGCGAGAGAGGAUACGAGACUGGUGCUCAGAAUAGUUUUCUUCUUCUUCUUCUUUUUAUUUUUUGCUUUUACCGUUGCUCUGCUUUAGCAGAAAUGAAACAGAGGUGACGAAGGAAUCUGUUCAGACACAUAAAGGCAGGAAGAACAACCGUACGUUUGCCAAAAACAUCCUUGUUUUUGUUCCCCUUAGAAGAUGUCAGUCUAGAUCACAAUAACACAGGACGCAACAACCAUUAAGUAAACCAACAAAUGUUAACUUUGGUAGAAAAAAUAAUAAUUAAAAAAGCUGGUCUAUUACUACAAGAACUAUCAAAACCAGGAGGGAAAACGAAACAGGAAGCUGCAGAGAAAGACACCAAACUUUAGGCGCAAGUUUACUGUGAGCAAAUGUAAAAUGAUCUGCUGAAGUUAGUGUUAAAGCAAAGUUAGAAGACUUCCCAAACUCAUCCCGCUGCGAGUGGAUGUGAAAGUUACAGAUAAUCUUUGACUUCUCUAAAGUUUGGGAUGGAGAAUGAUUGAGAACUCUGGGUUUUGGUUAAAGGCUUCAUUCACUAAAACGCACACCUGAGUUGCUUAUUGUGGUCAAAAUUAUGGUUUUAAACCUUUUAUAAAGGCACCUUUAAUUAUUAAUGGUAGUGGUUCUGCAACAUCCCACGCCACAUUUAAACACCUUUCAAAACUCAGUUUACAAAACUUUCCUUUUAAAAAUAUAUAAUAAUCGAUUAGAAAAUACAUCUAGUGUAAAAAAAAAAAAA